AUGCAACGUUUCAAACAAUAUCUUACGCGAUACUAUACAUGGAUUCGAUAUGACUACGAAUUAGAACCAACAUUUGCUCUUUGUGGUGAUAUUUCAUUGCGAAAUGAUGAUGCUAGGGGGUUAUGGGAUGUUCAGGAUAUCGUUGAGAAGUUCCGAUUCGCUUGGGGUGUGCCGAAAAUUAGAACUUGUCAAGCAAAGAAGACAACUCGUAAAUUUGAUAUACAUAGAACGCUAGAACUCAAAACAAAAAUGGUAGUGUGUCAUAUAUGCGGUAGUUACCACGAUUACGACAAAAUAUGCGCAAUAUGUUACAAGAAAGUCCGAGAAUUGACUAACUUGAUGAAAUCCAAAAUUAUGGCAUACAACCCUUACAUUGGAGAAAAGCAAUCGACGAAUGUGAAAUUUGAGGAUGAUCCACGUCCUGAAUCGAGUGAAACGCACCAAGAUGAUGGAGAUGCUAAGGCUUCGAUCGAUCGAACAGAUAGAAAACGAAUUGUUGAAUUAGGAAUUCCACGACCAACAUGGUUUAAGCCCAAAUUUAUAGACAGUUCUGUUUGCAGUAAACAAUAAAGUCAGACGUAAACAUCCGACGAGGAUAUCUCUAUGCUUCCGUUAACAAAUAAGUUGUACAAUUCUGAAGCUGCACAGAAUUUCUUUGCAAAAUAAAUUUUUAGGACCUUAGUGUUUGAAAUUCAAAUUAGCGUAAGAUUUAUUGUCAUCAUCCCUAUUUCUACAUAUUUCUUAUUGCUUUGAUUGUAG